AUGAAGUCCUCCUCUGAGCACGACAUUGCAAAGAUCUUCAACUCCUACGUUGCCGCAGGCGCCAUCGGCACUGCUUGGGAACUCGGGCUACUGGAUGAGAAUCGUACCCAAAAAGCUGUGGAUAUCGACGAGUUCGCGGCCAACCACAAUCUGGAUCUCGCUUCGACCCACACCCUAGUCUCCGCGCUCGCUACCUCUGACAUCCUCCAGCGUCAGGGGGGAGCUGCCAUGCCCGGGAGGUUGCUCGAAGAGGCAUACCGCACCAAAAGUCUCUUUCUGUUGAUCCAACACUUUCACUGGCUUGCUCUUGGUUCCGGCAGUUUGUUCGCGCGCAUGCAGUACGUCAUACGCAACGAGAAUCGCGAGGCGUGCCGCGACGCAAACACGCAAUUCAUCGAUCCGGUCUUCCUCGACGUCCUGAAGUCGUCUGGCGAAAACUUUACCUCCGUUGUGGACCUGGGAAGUGGUAGUGGCGAGAGGAUCAUGCAAGUUGACGUCCUCGACCGCUAUCCUCAAAGCACCGGACUUGGCAUUGAUAUUGCUGGUCCGGCAAUUGAGGUUGCCAGGUCAGACGCUGUGAAGCGUGGGUAUGGCGGCCGUAUUAACUUUCUGGUCGGCGGUGCGCGUAAGCUCGACUGUCGGGACGAGUUUGCCAAUGUUGACCUUUUGACGUCGUUUCUGAUGGGACACGACUUCUGGCCGCGAGAGAAGUGUGCCAGCUCUCUACAGAGACUGCGCAAAGCUUUCCCAAGCGUCAAACGAUUCUUUAUCUGCGAUACGGUGCGGAUUCUCACAAAUGAUCCUCAAUCUCGCCAUGCGGUACAAGAGGAUGAUGCGCCUAUCUUUACCCUGGGCUUUGAGUUUGGUCACGCGCUGAUGAAUGUCAAAUUACCUACUGUGGAGGAUUGGGAGGGGGUUUUUGAGGAUGGUGGCUGGGUUUGUGUCAAGCAGCAUCAUAUGUUGCCUCCGUCUCUCACAGUUCUGUUCGAACUUGUGCCCCGUGACGCAAAUGCAAUGUAG